AAUUGAGACCUUCCCGCGGAGAGUCACUGCGCUGCGCCGGUGGAUGCUACGCCGAGCUCCUAGGCUGCUCGCCGCCGGUGGAUGCUACGCCGAGCUCCUAGGCUCCUCCUCCAAACCCCCACGCCUCCCAGCCCCCGCCGCCUUCUCGCCUCCCACCACCAUGCGCCCACCGACAUGGACGCACACCACCUGCUCGACGGAACGCCCGGCAGAACACGGGGCAGCUUCAUCGUGCGCGCGCUCAGGGACGAGGCGCCCCUCGACGCGGAAGCCGUCACGGCCCUCCACUGCUCCUCCAUCAAGUCCGGCACCGUGCUGGACCCGCCCGUGCGCACCUCGCUCCUCACAGCCUACGCCCGGGGCGCCGCGGACGUGCGCGCCGCUCUCGCGCUCUUCCACGAGGCCGCCGACCCGGACCUGAUCCUGUGGAACGCCGCGGUCAGUACCCUCUCCCGUAGCUGCCAUCUCGCCGACGCAGUGGCCCUUUUCCGGCAGAUGACGGACGUGCUCGGGACGUUCGAUUCGACCACCCUAACGGUCAUGCUCUCGGGUGCGUCCCGGGCCGGCGACAUGGAGCUCGGGAUGGCGAUCCAUGCCGCGGCCGCGAAGAGAGGCCUUCACACCGAGCUGAACCUCUGCAAUGCUCUCGUCAACAUGUACGCCAAGUGCGGACGCUUCCGAGCUUCCGAGGCCGUGUUCUGGAGCAUGCCGUGCUGGGACACUGCCUCGUGGAAUUCUAUGAUAGGCGGAAGCACGUUCAACGGCCUUUCCGAGGUUUCGGCUCGUUACUUCAGGGACAUGGCCCGGUUCGCGGUUCCGGCGGAUGAGGUGACGUUGUCUUCUGUCCUUUCGGCCUCUGCUCGCGCGGAUGAUCUUUUCUCCUUUGGGAAGUCUGUCCAUGGCUGUGUCGUGAAAAGCGGUUACGAGUACACGGCGUCUUGCUCGGUACCGAAUUCCCUGAUAACAUUUUAUUCCGAGCUUGGGUUGCCCGAGGAUGCAGAGAAGGUCUUCUUGAGAAUUCCUAACAGAAACUUGGUGUCGUGGAAUGCUAUGAUCAAGGGACUGGUGGAGAAUGAAAAGGUUAGAGAAGCCCUCGCUAUUUUCCGUGAAAUGACAUCAGAGUUCCAGCCAGAUAUUGCUGCUUUGGUUACUGUAAUUUCAGGCUGCGCUGAUCAAGGACUACUGUGUGAAGGAAAAGAAAUCCAUGGAUACAUAGUCAGGAAAGGCCUCCUAAAUGAUGAGGAGUCAUGUAUAGGAAACAGCUUGCUUGGUUUGUAUAUGAAAUGUGAUGAUUCGUCUACUGCGAACCUUUUGUUCAGGACAAUGCCUACAAGAGACCUGAUCUCAUGGAACACAAUGAUUUCUGGUCACUCAAGAGAUGACGCGCUGAGGGUAGAGGCUCAGGCUAUGUUCAAAGAGCUGCUUUCUGAAGGUUUAAGCUGCACCUUGACAACUAUACUAGCUGUUAUACCUUCAUGCUCUCGUCCGGAAGACCUUGGCUUUGGCAAAGCAGUUCACUCUUUUAUCCUUAAGAAUGGAUUUGCGAGUGGAGUUUCAGUUGUUAAUUCUUUGAUGCACAUGUACAUAUGUUGUGGGGACUCAUUGGCUGCCUUCGUUCUGCUGGGAAGUAUAAUGCCAGUGUCGGACAUAAUUUCAUGGAAUACAGUCAUAGUAGGAUGUGUACAUAAUGCACUACCUGGAGAUGCGUUGGAAGCCUUUCGGUUCAUGCAUUCAACGUUGCGAGUAAAUCCUGAUAGCGUUACGCUUGUUAGUGUUUUAUCAGCAUGUGGAACCCUUAAACUGCAGUCCCUAGGAAAGUCCAUCCACUGCAUGUCACUGAAGCACUUGCUUGCAUUCAGUUUGAGGGUUAAGAAUGCCCUGUUAACCAUGUAUUUCCGGUUUGCAGAUACCGAAAGUGCUGAGUUAAUCUUUUAUAGUCUUGGAGAUAGAAAUUUGUGCUCCUGGAAUUGUAUGAUCUCUGGUUUUGCACAGAAUAACCAAGGCUGGAGAGCAUUACAGUUCUAUCAGAAGAUGGAAGAUUUUGUGCCUAAUGAAAUGUCUACUGUCGGUAUUAUAUGUGCUUGCACUCAACUCGGGAAUCUUAGACAUGGAAAGAGCAUACAUGGGCGUGUGGUCAAGUCUGAUCUUCAAAAUAAUGUCUUUGUUUCAGCAUCUCUAGUUGAUAUGUAUAGUAAGUGUGGAAGACUCGACAGUGCUGUCAAAGUAUUUGAAUCCUCUGCUGAAAAAUCGAUUGCCUGCUGGAACUCCAUGAUAUCAGCUUUAGGAUUUCAUGGGCAUGGGUUGCGAUCGAUAGAGCUUUUCUGCAAGAUGAUUCAGUCUGGAACUAAAGCCACAAGAAGCACUUUUAUUGCUCUUUUGUCAGCUUGCAGUCAUUCUGGACUCACUGAUGAAGGAUGGAAGUAUUACCACCUUAUGUCAGAGAAAUUUGGGAUUACUCCUACAGCAGAACACCAUGUAUGCAUGGUAGACAUGCUUGGGCGUGCUGGUCGGCUGCAGGACGCACAUAAAUUUGUGGAGAGUUUACCUUCCAAGGGAGCACAUGGAGUUUGGGGUGCACUGUUAAGUGCUUGCAGUUACACACCUGAACUCAAGAUGGGCGAGUCCAUUGCCAAGCAUUUGCUCUGCCUGGAGCCUGAAAAUAGCGGUUAUUAUGUGACUAUUUCUAACCUGUAUGCAUAUCAAGACAUGUCGUGUGGUGCAGUCCAGGUUAGGGGCAUUUUGCAACAUAAAGGAUUGAUGAAGCCCCGCGGUCACAGCAUUGUUGGAUAAAGGGUUGCAAAUGACCAUGGAUUCAUGGAAGCUAUGAUGUGCCAGAAAAUUGUGCACUAAAUCACCAAAACUGCAAAUUCACUUCACAAUACUUGCGCAUGACUCAGCUCAAGCAUGACACAGGUAUGACAGUGUAGCAUAUAUGUCCUGCCUGUUUCAUUCUUGAAUCCAGAUACAAGAUGCAAUAUCUGCUCAUGCCUCAUGCAGUUCAAUGCACAUCCUCCAUUCAGUCCCGUUAAUGUUCACCUGUGCAUCAGUAUAUGUAUCUUAACCUCAUGUAAUAUUCCUGGAGCACUUCUGCGCUAGUAUCCAACAUUCGUAGAGGCACUCUUGUGAUAAGCCAACAUCUAUCAUUCUGAACCUGACAUUCCGCUACAUCACACGGUUCUCUGGGUUCAUCAGGUGGCCCAUGCCUGAGCCUGAACUUCUCCUUCAGUGGGAUCUUCCUGCAGUGAAGGUCCCAGGGGCCGAUCCACCAUGUGAGCCAGUAAGUUUGAUCCUUGACACUGGGGUUUUGCCAUGGCAUCAUCAUUGGUAUCCACUGUGGUUAGUUCCUUCACUGACGUGUAUUACAUUUUGGUAGAAGAUGCUGAGCAGAGGUCUAUAUGUACGGCAACGCACUCGAGAGCCAAAGAAAAGCAAGAUCGAGCUGUAGGAAUGAGGCAAUGAUGGUACCGCGACACAUGCACGCCAGAAUUCAUGGUAUCAGAUUGAGGGCUGGCCUGUUACAGUGAGGUUUGGAUUGACAGAAGAAGCGACAUUGCAGUCAGCAUCUAGCCGGACGACAUGCGACAAAUUGCGGUUGCUGCGGUUAGGAUUAAUAGAUUGUGUGUUAGCUUAAGCUGCGGGACAGGCGUGAUAACUGGAGGAGCAGACAGAUUGGUGGUGGUUAUAAGUAGGUGAGAUUUUAGUCGGCUUAACUUGGGGAGCAAUUCCAUCUGUUUUGCAUCACGAGUUGGGGCUUGUGUUCCGCCGCAGGCAGACACGGUGCAUGUGGCCGCACUGGAAGCCAGCCUAGAAAUACUACCACUAAUAUACUCUGGAGACUGGACAGCAAUUAAUCGCCACUCUCUCUCUCUCUCUCUCUCUCUCUAACAUUUCUAAUCACUAAAUCUUUUUGUCGGUUUGGGGGUUUGGGCACACUGGGUAGUCCUUUUUCGGGCAAGCUUUCUUGUCACUGGUAUUCUCCAGUUAGGGCAUCCACAACGUUGAAAUAGCCAAAUCUGACAUAGUGUACUAUUUAGCAUCGAUGUGAAAUUUAGCCAUGACUCCACAA